UUGGCUGCGGCCGUGUCAGGUUACCAGGGUCAGCACGCCGGUCAGAAAUCAUGGAAGAAAAGGGCGUCUCCCCCCUGAAGCACUUUGUGCAGGCGAAGAAAGCCAUCACCUCCAUCUUCGAUCAGCUAGUAGACUACAUCAGUGAUGGCGUUACAUUUGUAGAAGAAACCUAUCGAAAUCCAGAAUUAAGAAACAUCACAUCAGAAGAUGACUUGAAGGAGAUUCAGGGUUAUAAAAAGAAACUGUCUGGGAUUGGGGAAGUUUUGUCACGCAGACACAUGAAGGUGGCCUUCUUUGGCAGAACAAGCAGUGGUAAGAGCUCAGUGAUAAACGCCAUGCUGUGGGACAAGGUCUUGCCCAGUGGCAUAGGACAUACCACUAACUGCUUCCUUAGUGUGGAGGGGACGGAUGGAGACAAAGCUUACUUGAUGACGGAAGGUUCUGAGGAGAAAAAGAGUGUAAAGACUGUGAAUCAGCUGGCACAUGCCCUUCAUAUGGAUAAAGAUUUGGAGGCGGGUUGUCUUGUACAUGUCUUCUGGCCCAAGGCAAAAUGUGCACUUCUUAGAGAUGACUUGGUUCUUGUAGACAGCCCUGGAACAGAUGUGACUACAGAGCUAGACAGCUGGAUCGAUAAGUUUUGUCUUGAUGCCGAUGUAUUUGUUCUGGUGGCUAAUUCAGAAUCUACACUUAUGAACACGGUAAUACAUGAUUACAAGUGUCAAAUCUGUUCUUUUUGUUGUGCUUCUUUAAAAAUCAUGUAUCUGCAAAUCAGAAAAUAA